AAACUACUAAAAACAAAACUCGGACCCUGUUAUUAUUAAGGCAACACAAUGGUGCUCCUUGAAGUAGUUUAUAAUCAGAGGUCCAUAAAUAGUUUUAUGACACAAAUCAUUUCUUGUGACUUUCAUAUCAGAUCUCAAUCCAGUUAAACAGUGAGCAAGUGCUCACUACCACCAUCACCAUCCAAACACAACCGAGAGAAGAUUUUAUAUUGUGCUAGAGAUGUGUGAAGUCUGUGGAAAAACUUUUUUUUUUUUUUAAACCUGUAUAUACAGGCAUGUUCGGCUGAUUGCAACUCCUACAGCAAAGACAAUGAAUGUCUCCAGAGCCUGACAGCAAUCAAAGUCAGUGUUCUAGUAGCUUUCAGCAAACUGCAGGCGCUUGUGCUUGUGAGUGCAAAGGAAAACGCAUGAUGGACGUUCACCAAUUUUCACAGACUCCUCUCCUGUUCAUGGCAUUCCUCCAGCAAGGACCUUGUCUGAACAGCGAGCUACAGAGGGAGCUAGAGAAUCUUCAGUAUGAACUAAAACACUGUGCACCCCAGAGUGGAUUAACUAACCAUAUAGUGUAUACUCAGGACCAUGACGUUGACUCUGACAUUGAAUGUGAUGGUGAGCUGCAAACAGAUGGACACUCGUUUCACAGGGUUCUGCUACACGAUGAUCCUCAAGUUGAUCUUGUUUUACCAGUGCCUGUUGAAGAAGUGCAUGCAGUAAGGGAGGUGGCUGCAGAGCUCAUCAGAAUGGCAGAUGAGUUCAAUCAAACCCUUGUCGCUCAGGCUGCUGAGCGUCUGACCAAGAACCUCACAAAUUCUUCUCAAAAGUGCUGGUGGAGCUGCUUGUCUUGCGGUGUUGACUGCCUACUUAAGGACAUGCCUGCUGUGCAGAAUGAGAGAAUGGUGAUGGCGCUCACUUUCUCCCUGGUGAGGGCCGUGUGUGGACAUGCACCUCGUCUGCUUCGUGACCUCUGUAACACCAUGAGGCAGUACUCCAUGUCUAGACCUCGGUGACGCAUGUCAUUUACACCCAAACGUGACCUAUGUUUUAAGGUUACUGUUGUUUUUUUUCAACAAUGCUAAAUGUUUACUUGUUUGUUAGUAGAAAAAAGAAAUACUUUUGAAAUGAUUGUUGCUUUGUCUUUGUUUUGCUUGAAAUUUUGUAUGAAUAGUUUUGAAUGUUUGAG